GGCCCGGGACUGGGAGGUACGCACCGCGUGCAUGGAGGGUCGGGCCGACAUGGCGGCGGCGGCGGUGCGCGUGGCCAAGCAGCAACUGCGGGCCGAGCUGAAGCAGCGCCUGCGGACCGUGAGCGCCGAGGAGCGCCGACGCCAGUCCCGCCUGCUGACCCAGAAGGUGGUGGCCCACGGCGCGUACCUGCGGGCGCGGCGCGUCGCCGUCUUCCUGAGCAUGGCCGACGAGGUGGACACCGGCGACAUCAUCAGGGACAUCUUCCGGCGGGGCAAGGCCUGCUUCGUGCCCCGCUACCGGCCCGGGAGCGCCCACAUGGACAUGGUGCGGCUGGUCCCCGAGGAGGCGGCCGCGCUGCCCCGCACGGCCUGGAACGUGCGCCAGCCCGGCGAGGGGGAGGCCCGCGAGGAGGCGCUGUCCACCGGGGGCCUGGAUCUCAUCUUCAUGCCCGGCCUGGGCUUCGACGCCAGCGGCCGCCGCCUGGGCCGGGGCCGCGGCUACUACGACGCCUACCUGCGGCGCUGCCUGCAGCGCGGGGGCGCCCGGCCCUGCACCCUGGCGCUGGCCUUCCGCGAGCAGCUCUGCGCCCAGGUGCCCGUGGACGAGCACGACGAGCCGGUGGACGAGGUCCUGUGCGCGGACGCGGCGCCGCCGUCCUGA